GUGGUGAGUUUACCUAAGAGGCUCAGAGUUGCUUCAAGCAUGGCGUCCAAGUGCAGCCUCUCUUCCUUGUUUCCUAUCCAAAGGGAGCUGGACUGCGCCUUAGACGAGGCUGCGACAGAACAUGAGAAACAAAACCUUGUCAAAGAGUAUUUGAAAAAACUAGACGAAAGAGAGGAUCUGAAGAUACCCGAUUUCCAGACAGGCUUGGAAUGGCUGAACACGGAGGGGCCGCUGUCUUUGAACAAGGAUCUGUCUGGUAAAGUGGUGCUGCUGGACUUCUUCACCUACUGCUGCAUCAACUGCAUGCACAUCCUGCCUGACCUGCACCACCUAGAGAAGAAGCACUCUGCCAAAGAUGGAUUGGUUGUUGUUGGUGUGCACUCAGCUAAAUUCCCCAAUGAAAAGGUCCUGGACAACGUUCGCAGCGCCGUGCUCCGCUACGACAUCUGCCACCCAGUGGUGAACGACAGCGAGGCUCACCUCUGGCAUGAGCUGGAGGUGUCCUGCUGGCCCACGCUGGUCCUACUGGGCCCGCGUGGCAACCUGCUCUUCUCCCUGGUGGGCGAAGGCCACCGCGACAGGCUGAUGCUUUUUACUGACGGCGCCCUCCGUCACUACGGGGAACAGGGUCUUCUGAAGACUCACACAGUGGGGAUCAAGCUGUACCGAGACUCACUGCCACCCAGUGUCCUGUCUUUCCCUGGGAAGGUGGCCGUGGACAGCAGCAAGAAAAGACUGGCCAUAGCAGACACUGGGCAUCACCGAAUUCUGGUGGUGUCAUUAACUGGACAGCUGUUACAUGUCAUAGGCGGGCCAAAAAGUGGAAAACAAGAUGGCGACUUGUCUGUAGCUUCCUUUAACUCCCCUCAAGGUGUGGCCAUUAAAGGAGACACUGUCUACGUGGCCGACACAGAAAACCACCUGAUACGUAAGAUUGACCUGUUUGAGGGAAGAGUCAGCACUCUGGCUGGAGUCGGAGCUCAAGGCACAGACAAAGAGGGUGGUGCAAUGGGACCUCAGCAGCCAAUCAGCUCUCCUUGGGAUGUGACUCUUGGCUCUGCUGGUGGUGCUGAAGGUAACGUGCUGUGGAUAGCCAUGGCAGGGACCCACCAGAUCUGGGCUCUGUUCCUAGCAGAUGGGAAACUGCCCAAAGGAAGCGAGUCCAAAGCAGGAACGUGCGUGCGAUGGGCAGGCAGCGGCAACGAGGAGAACCGAAACAACUCCUACCCCCACAAGGCUGGCUUUGCCCAGCCUUCAGGUCUGGCUUUGGCCCCAGAGGAGCCCUGGGGCUGCCUGUAUGUGGCAGAUAGCGAAAGCAGCACCAUCCGCACGCUCGCACUGAAGGACGGAGCCGUCAAGUUGUUGGUCGGAGGAGAGAGGGACCCGCUGAACCUUUUUGCUUUUGGGGAUGUUGACGGAAAAGGAGUGGAUUCCAAGUUGCAGCAUCCUCUCGGUGUUGCCUGGGCUCCUAAACAAAGCCUGCUCUAUGUGGCCGACUCCUACAACCACAAGAUCAAGGUGGUGGAUCCAAAGGUAAAGCAGUGUAGCACAUUAGCAGGGACUGGAGAGGCUGGAGAUACUCUGGGCCCUGAAUUUAACAAAUCAUGCUUCAAUGAACCUGGAGGAAUCUGUGUUGGCGACAGCGGCAAGCUUCUCUACGUGGCGGAUACCAACAACCACCAAGUCAAAGUCCUGGACCUGUCCUCCAAGACUGUUUCACUGUUCCCGAUUUCCAUGGACUGCACAGAUUCUGUACCUUCAAAGCCUUCUGGUCCUACCAAAGCCCCCACGCUCCCUAAAUCAGCUGCCAAGAAAGAAUUGCCACCAGUGGCAGUGUCAGCAGGCCAGACUCUCGUCCUGUCGCUCACCCUGACCCUUCCAGAAGGAGCCAAACUCACCGAAGAGGCCCCCAGCUGCUGGGCCCUCUCCGCUGAGGGUAUCGAAUGGCUGCUAGAAAGUCAGGUGGUUACUGGUGACAUUGUGGAUUUGUCGAAGCCCCUCUCCAUCUCAACCAAAAUUCCAGCUGUUAUAAAGGACCUUAACAGCAAUCCAAGCCUCACUUUGGGUGUAUGGUUGUACUACUGUAUGGAAACAGGUAAAGCUUGUAUGAUGAAAGCAGCCUCCUUCACCCAGCCUCUUCAAAUAAGUGCCAAUCAUGGAGAGGAAGAAAUCACUGUGGCGUUGUCCCAUGCCCUAUAAAACCUCUUGCCUCUUUGUCAUAAUAUUCACAAAAUCAACACUUUCUGUGAUGUUUAAACUUCAUUAUUCUUUUUCAGCUCAGCUAACCCCAGCUCCUGUUUUAUUCAUAGUUUUGGGAGAAGAGAACACAGAUUUUCUCCGACUGUCACUUUUAACAAAAAUGCAAAUCAUACAUAUCAGAUUUUUAGGUGAAUUUCAUUUUAAACUACUCAGAAGCCUUUUCUACAAAACAUAAUGCAUCAGUGCUGUAAUGCCCUUUAUUGUGAGUGCCAGUUAUUGAUAGGAAUGCAAAUAGUUGUGUCCUCAGGCAUUAAAAAAAGGCUGUACAGCAAACACAACUGCAGCCUAAAAAUUAAUAUCUAUAUGAUGGUAUAAUAAUGCAACAAAUUCCUACAUAGACGGGCUGUACUGACUACCUGUAAGAAACCUGUCCACUUUAGUAAUGGGGAUAAUGUUUCAUCUCAAAAUGACCUUAUUUAUGAAACACUGGACUGAAUGAAUGCAGAAAAUAAAAUACAUUCUGUGGAUUCAAUAAGAAACUAAUUAAACUGAUGUAACAGGCAGGUGUUUGAUGGUGUCAGAGGGGUCCAGACAAAUAAACAGAUUAUCUAUCAUUUAAUGAUGUUGUGGAGGAUUAAAAAAUGCUUUUAAAUACUGAAACCUCUUUUAAUUUAAUUUUCACCUGAAUCACCAGAUGGAUGUGAAUUUCAAAGAAUAGACAGUUUACAUUAAGUUUCUCCAUAAACCUCCAAUUAGUAAUUAUUAUUAUUAUUAAAUUAGUUCUGCUAAUUACGCUGUAGGGUUUUUCAAAAAGAGAUGUUUAAAGGAGCCGAUAUCUGAUUCAGACUCGGAGGAAGAGGUUUUAUUCUGCUUUUGCUGCCGUAAGCAUAACUUUUGAAUGCUAAUAUUGAGUUAUAAAGAAGAAUAAAAGGACAGAAAUGAAACUUGCGUCUUGAAAAGGUUGACGAGAAGUUAUCUAUGCAGAGACUGAGAUUUUUAUCAUCAUUAAUAUAUGAGAAACUCCAACGUAUUAAAUCACAUCUUCACUUUUUACUUUUUUGAAUAAUAAUAAUAUAUUUCCAUGUGUGGUUUCUUUAGUUUACAAUUAAUCAGGUUUGAUGGUUCUUUCAGGAGCACUAAUCCAGUUUUCCUAAAUGUGUUUACACACGUCACCACACAGACUGAGCAUUCUUAAGUUGUUAACAAGGUUCACACUCAUAGCUUAAAGCGUUGUUCUGUGUCUCCGCUCCCUGUAUGACUGAUUAUACUUUUGAUUAUGAUUAUUCACAACACAAGGAGCUCUUUUGAUUUAGACCACCAAAUAUUGCUGUUAUCUAAGUAAUGAAUAAAGUGCCUGUUUUCUAUAAGGGGAGGCAACCACUUUGUGAACAGAUGACACCAAGUGACUGCUGUGCACUCUAUUUUACUAGGAAAAGUCUUAUUAAAAUCCUUAACAAGCAUUUAUACGCUCUUCCACAAAGGGAAGAUAACAUGAAAAUGCUCUAAUAAUGUGUUACCAUAAUACGCUGUGUUGUUGUUGUGUAGCACGCAUUAAUAUGAUAAUGUGCUGUAUUCCCUUAUUGUUUUUCAAAGUUAUGAGCUGUUGCCAGAAAUGGGUCUGAGAGGGUUUUGGUUAUCAUCACUGUCAUAAUGUCUCACAACAUAAUUGUGCUUGUCAGUUUUGAUUUGGUUUGAAUCACGCGGCCCAAGUACCUUGCAAAAAGAGGCGUUGCUGUAUGGAUGGUGUGAAUGCAAUGACACUUAAACAGCAUCAGAAGCAAUAACAAUAUAUUUCUGUAAUGGCUGAAAUAUUUAAUUCCCACAAGUCAUUUAUGUCAAAUGAACUGCAGUUGUUUUUAGCUCAGCAUUGUUAUUCCUCUGGUGUUUCUUUAAUAAACAGCAAUGAGCUUGAGCGGCUGCUGGUGGGGUUUCUUAAUUUUCUCACUUGAUUUAUUCUUCUGUCCCACGGCUGCACUUUAAGAUGCAACAGAGUGAACUAAUAAAACAUUGUCAUCUAGUCUGGUCUGUGUAUGUGCGCAGGUUAUGUUUCCAUCAAAAAACAUUGCUGCAAUUCCACACAAAUUCUUCUCAUAUUACAUAUUUCCAGACUGCAGCUCUGCUAUGUGAGACAUUAUUAAA